CUGAUAUUUGAAUUUAGAUAUAUAUCGAAUUAGAUCGAGACAGAUCGAGAUAGAGCUACCCAGAUAAAUGUUAGAUGGCGCUGUUCGCCAAUGCAAAUAAACGAUCCAAAUGCACUGACAGAUCGACACGUGCUUCGUAUUUCGAGUUACAUAUUUUAACACAUUAUGGCAUCAGACGAGAUGGAAGUGGACGAAGAGAACGAGGAAAAGCCGAAAAAUUUUAAUGAUUUGGAACUAGACGACAGAAUUCUAAAGGCUAUUGCAAAGUUAGGUUGGGCGGAGCCUACGUUGAUACAAGAGAAAGCAAUACCGUUAAUGAUCGAGGGAAAAGAUGUUUUAAUCCGAGCUCGUACGGGAUCUGGAAAGACAGCUGCGUUUGCUGUACCACUUAUUCAAAAGAUUUUGUCGCACAAACGAAUGCAGAAAAAGCAAGAGAUCAAAGGUCUUAUCGUAGCUCCAAGUAAAGAGUUAUGCAAACAAAUACACGACGUUGUGAUAUGCUUGACAAUAAAAUGUAGCAGAGAAGUGAGGAUUACUGACGUCAGCCCGCAAAUAGAUCUUAACGCACAGAAACUGUUACUGGCAGAGAAACCUGAUAUUGUUAUCGGUACUCCAAGUAGAAUAUUGCAACAUUUAAAAGCGAACAAUAUGAAAUUGAAAAAGUCUCUUGAAACGUUGAUAAUCGAUGAAGCCGACUUGAUAUUUUCAUUUGGGUACGAGGAUGAAAUAAAAAGUUUGCUGAAUUAUUUGCCUCUCAUAUACCAAGCAGCAUUAGCUUCUGCAACAUUAUCGGAAAACGUGAUAACUCUUAAAAAGAUGGUACUUCGUAAGCCAGCAAUUUUGAAGUUAGAAGAGCCGCCACUAGCCCCUUUAUCACAGUUAUCGCAUUAUAGUCUCGCAGCAGAAGAAAAUGAUAAAGCUGCUAUUUUAUAUGCUUUGUUUAAAUUAAAUUUAAUUAGAGGAAAGACUCUUAUAUUUGUAAAUACAGUAGAUAGAUGUUACAAGUUAAAAUUAUUUCUAGAACAAUUUGGUAUACCAACUUGUGUAUUAAACUCUGAGCUGCCAGCAGUUUCGAGAUGUAGAGCGGUGACACAAUUUAAUUCUGGAACAUAUGAUAUUAUAAUAGCAUCAGAUGAAAAAUCUUUGGAGGAACCUCAUAUAAUGAAGAUUAAAAGAGGAAAACGGAAGAAGGACAAAGAGUCCGGUGUAGCACGUGGCAUUGAUUUUCAGUUUGUGUCCAAUGUAAUUAAUUUUGAUUUUCCCCAAGAUGUGAAUUCUUACAUUCAUAGAGCCGGGCGUACUGCUCGAGGAAAAAAUCAAGGAACGGCAUUGAGUUUCGUAUCAAUAAGAGAAAGACCGCUUCUCGAACAAGUGGAAAGCGAAUUGAAAAAUUGUUACAAUCACGAUACAUUGUUUAAAACGUACAAAUUCAAGCUAGAAGAGGUCGAAGGUUUUCGAUAUCGAGCAAAAGAUGCCUGGAAAGCGGUAACGAGAAUUGCUGUUCGCGAAGCUCGUUUAAAAGAAAUCAAACAAGAGAUACUCAAUUGUGAAAAAUUAAAAAGCUAUUUCGCAGAUAAUCCGAAAGAUCUACAAUCACUGAGGCAAGACAAAGCAUUGCAUACCAUAAAAUUACAACCACAGUUGAAAAAUGUACCAGAAUAUAUAGUCCCACCAACUUUGAAAAGGCUUGUCGGUAUUAACAGAAAGAGGAAGUUUAAUAGAGAAGCUGCAGCAACUAAGCCUACUGCUACACAAUUAAAGUACCAAGCACGUGCAUCAAACCCUCUAAUUAGUUUAAAAAUAAAAAAUUUGAAAUAAAAGUUUUAUAUAUUGGUAA